GACCGCCAAAUACAGCGCCGCUUGAUACGGUUCCUCUAAAUACAAGUUCGACCGUAGUCACCAACGCUACAGAACUUUUUCUUCAUUCUGCGAACCUGGUGGUUUUUGGGCUUUGAUGCUGGCUCAUUUUCGCGGCGACUUCAAAGUACUGACACACAAAACCAGCUCUGCAAACUAUGUUUACAUUUCCAUAUCAAAUUUACAGAUGCGUCCUGAAUAACAAUUACAAGUUUGUGUUUCGUAAUUUUAGAUAACUGACACAAAAAGACUUGCAAGCAACUUGGUCGUUGUCCUGUCUGCGAAAGACAAUCUCUAGUGGACAUAACCAGUCAUCACAGCACUUAACAAUAUUAUAAACCGAACAGAAAGUUGGCGCCUGAGUUUGCCAUGAAAAACAACGUGGUGUUAGUCACACUAAGCGUCCUUGCGUCACUGUUUGUUUUCUACACCCUGUUUUUUAGUUCGUCAUGGAAGUUGAUUCCGCGUUUAAAGCCGUAUACCAAUAUCAGACAGACAAGAAGGCGAACGAUUUUUCUGGGAUUUGAAAAAGAACCACCACAGCAACUGGAAACAGAAACAAAGGAAUUGUUCACUAGGUUUGGUAUUGAGAAAUCAACUAAGCUAUCUGUUGGAACCAAGACACUUGAAAAGAGGUCUCCACGAUCUAAUCUCAUUAUACUGAGCCCAGGCAGAGGAGGAUCUUCAUUCUUAGGAGGAGUAUUUGAUGCUAAUCCUGAUAACAUGUAUUGGUUUGAGCCACUACACACUUUAUCCCGCGGAAUAUAUGAACUGCAUUUGUUCAAAGACAAAGAAAGAAGAAUUCAAUACAGCAAAACCUCUAUCGACCUAAUCAAUAGCUUCCUCGACUGCAAUUUCACUCAAAUCCCUAAAGACAUUAUAUCAGCAUUAUCUAAGAGUAUAUUUCGGAGCCGAAGUACAUCGUUGAGCAGUGAACAUUUGUGCCGUACAAAAAACAAAACGAAAAAAUGUCUACCUUACUCAGUGAAAUUACUUGGCGAGGUUUGUAACUCUACCAAACAUACUGUUCUCAAGAUCUUGACCUCUCGUUUGCCGAGAUAUACACUUGAAAGUUUCCAAGGAAUUUUCCAGAAACAGAAAUACAAAGUUAAAGCUAUUCACUUAGUGCGGGAUCCUAGAGCUGUGAUUUAUUCCAUGGUUAACUCAGUGCAAUGGAUAAAUAUAUCGAGCUUUUUAAAUCAAAGAUUUCGUGACGUUGUUCAAGGAGUUUGUAACCCCAUUGAAAAAAACAUAAAAUUUGGUUUGUUUUCUCCCCCGUCAUGGCUAAAAAAUCGCUUUCGAGUGAUACGUUACGAAGAUUUUAUUGUAAAUACAACAAUCAUGGCAAGGGACCUCUACAAAUUUGCAGAGUUUGAUUGGUCUGUAAGUGUCGAUGAAUGGAUUGCAACACAUCGGACGAAACCGCGCAGCAAUAAUGAAACAGAUCCUUAUUCACUUUAUAGAGAGGCUUCACUUGUUAUAAACAAGUGGAAAAAAGCUUCCCCGAGCUUAAUUACAGUAGUAGAGGAAGUCUGUGGUAAUUUGAUGGACAUGCUUGGCUACAAAAGAGUGAUUAAAUCAGAAGAAAAAGUAGCUAGAAAUCGUAGCUCACUUGUAAUAACCUGAACAGAACUAUCAUGACAUUUUGUGGU